AUGGCUUCGAUUUGUCGGAAAGGGCUCGCCGGAUUUUCUACCUAUUUGAUUUUUGGAAAAUGGAAGGCGGGAUCUUCUCCUUCUUCUGUUCAUGAACUUUGCAGUCGGUUUAGGGUUUAUCCAAUUGGAGCCGCUCGCCGGAUGAGCACGGUGGCCGACACCGUGAUUUCAGAUCCCACAGACCAAAAGAUUGUAUCUUUAGCAUCUCCUUGGUUGAUGCUGCCUCCCGUAUUUGAAUGCGGCUCCAACGCCGCCCCAACCACGCGUUACAAGUUCUGCAGCCUCUUGGAAGACAGAGUGGUGUCUACAGCCGCAAAAAAUGCUUUCAUGGGAGACCUCAUGGAUAUUGUGGGCUCUUCUCACGGUUGGCUUUCCCUGCUCAACCCCAACACCCUAGACAUGUUCCUCUAUAACCCCUUCUCCGGCUGCUACGUAAAGCUUCCCCCAUUGCACAACCUACCGGCUGCCUCCCGCUACAGCCCGAUGUGUGUGGAUAAGGUAAUCCUAUCAUGCUCCCCGGAUGAUGAUGAACAAAAUUGCCGUGUCAUCAUGAUUUACAAUUGCCCAGCUGCUAUGGCCUACUGCUGCCCUGGGUCCAGCAAGGAGUGGACCUGUAUUGUGGAUGGGGAGACAAGCACCAAUGUCGGUUGGUACAAGAAUUGUGUAUAUUCCAAAGAACAUCAACUCUUGUUUGCCCUCACCAGCUCUUUUGACUUGGUGUCUUGGGACCUUGGGGACCCUCUGUCCCCGAGUCUUGUUGACUGCCGGAAAAUGGAUUUUCCGAAGACCGAGGAGGAAAAGAAGCUGAAGGGUUUCCCGAAGACCGAGGAAGAAAAGAAGCUGUGGCGUCCCACAUACCUGACGUGUGAGACCGUGGAGCAUCUGGUGGCUGCUGGGGAGGAUCUCCUCUUGGUGACUCAGUAUGUGCUGAUGAGCGUGCUCCCCGACGGUUUGUAUAUUGACUCGAACAACGAUCCCACCGGCUCUAUCUACGAACAAUGCUUUCCGUAUGUGACUAUUGAUUUUGAUGUUGAGAGAUAUGAUCCUGCCACUGCGGGUGUUAAGUGUGUGGAGGAUUCGUUUCUUGGUGGGUGGGCUCUGUUUGUUGGCUAUUACAGCGAUGCAGUUGCUUUGCCAGUGGCCCAUUACCCGGAGGGAAUCAAGCCCGGAUCCAUUUACUUCACUGAUGUUAUGGGGGCUUGGAUUGGCGAAGAUCCAUCAGGAGGCCAUGACGUUGGCAUUUUCAAUUAUCAAAACAAGACGGUGUCUCCGUGCUACUAUCCAUGUGAUGCUCAGAGCUUGAAAAAGAGUUGCCCGGCACCUAUGUACUUCCCAAGUCGUGGCUGA